UAGACUCGUCAACCGGAGUUCAAGAUGGCGAUCAGCGAGCAGCUAAUAUCGCAACUAAUCGACCAUUAAUAUAACAUCCAAGUCCUGAUACUAUUAUAAGCUAUACUUGUUAUGUCAGUAUUUCAAAACAGCUUCUUAUACCGUCCUAAAGCAGUGGAUAUCUGACAUUACAGUGUCUAGAGAGAGAUUGUGUGUGUUGUUGUUUUUUAGCUUACGUCAAAUAGAAAUAGUUGCUGAUCAGCUUUAUGAAACUGUUUGGAAUGAUUGAGAAGUUUUCAUUAUUUUGGAGGUCAACAUGUCGCUAAGAGAGUUGAAAGUAUGCCUUCUUGGGGAUACAGGGGUUGGAAAAUCAAGUAUCGUGUGGAGGUUUGUGGAGGAUAGUUUUGAUCCCAACAUUAAUCCCACAAUUGGAGCAUCAUUUAUGACGAAGACUGUGCAGUACCAAAACGAGCUUCACAAAUUCCUCAUCUGGGACACAGCAGGACAAGAAAGGUUUCGUGCCCUGGCUCCUAUGUACUACAGAGGCUCUGCUGCGGCUAUCAUUGUGUAUGACAUCACUAAAGAGGAAUCAUUCCAGACGUUGAAGAACUGGGUGAAGGAGCUUCGCCAGCACGGACCACCCAACAUAGUGGUGGCUAUCACUGGCAACAAAUGCGAUCUCUCCGAUGCCAGAGAGGUGUCAGAGAAGGACGCCAAGGACUACGCUGACUCCAUUCAUGCCAUAUUUGUAGAAACCAGUGCCAAAAAUGCCAUUAACAUCAAUGAGAUCUUCAUUCAGAUAAGUCAAAGGAUCCCAAUUAUAGACGCGGAUGGCGGGUCUGCAGUCAAGGGCUUCAAACUUCGUCGCCAACCAUCAGAGUCGACCAGGGAACGCACUUGCUGUUGACGCAACCGUAAACAAUUUGGCCAGAUCCUCUCCAGCCUCUUGUUUUAUUUUUGAUUAGUAACCAAGGAUAAUAGCAGAUGAAGAAUGUGAUGUCAUAGGGGAAGUUACGUAACUUCCUUUUGGAGCCAAAAAAGAAGUUCAGUUAAGAAUGGAAUGAGAUAUAUAGUCUGAAUCCUGAUGCACUUCCUUGAGAAAAGAUGAAAAUGCCCUCAUAUAAUCGUUGUACCUUAUCUUGCCUGUUCUUCAGCCCCCCGUUCAAAUGUCUUUGGGGAUCCAUUUCUGUUCUAGAUCACAAACACCUGCUUAACAGAUCAGAUACUGUCCUGUCUUGCUCUCUUUCUCUCUCGUUCAUUCUCAUCUCUGUGCAACAACCUCUGCAAAACUCUAUGAAGUUUCUGAGUGAAGCUGUUGUCUGUCCGUCUGUACAUUUUAAGAUUUUCAGCACUCCUAAUGCAAGCAACACAGCGUUCUUGUCCCACUAUUUUUGCACAUUUUUGAUGUAUAUGAUAAAAAAAAAGUGUGAAUGGGUGAAUCUCAUGAAAGCUGUCAUAAUCAGGUCUCAUAUCAGUCAAAUCAAGUGGAAAAAUAGGAAAUUAUAUUUGACAUAAAGUGAAGGUAAAGUACAUUCUUAGGACUAUUAAGAUGUUUUUCAUUGUGUAACAGUAUAAAAUUAAUUUCAACUGUAAAACAGUAACUAAUAUAGCUGUAUUACAUUAAUGAUAAAUACAGAAAUACAGUAUGAAAGUGUGCUUAAUUGUCCUAAAAGAAAUUUAACAAAAUGCUCUUAAAAAUAGUCCUCAUUAUCUCUCCUUUUUUAUUGUGAUUAUGAGGGUAAAAUGACACGGACAUGUUUUCGUGAGGUUUACUCAAACACAAAUUUACUAUUAUAAGUAUCAAUAAAUGUUUGUAUUUCUGUUACGCAGGACCAGACAUGAGGUUGUGAGCAAUUUCUGUCUUUCCUAUAUUUUGUAUAU